AUGCGCUUUUAUCUUCUGACUUCUUUGUGCUGCAUUUCGGCUGUGAUCGCGCAAUCGAGCGUAGUCGAGAAAUACAUUGCGACUCAAGGUCCUAUAGCAAAGGCAGGGUUGCUCGCCAACAUUGGUCCUGACGGAUCCAAGUCAUCUGGCGCGAAGGCACAUCCAUAUUUUCUCCCAAUUCUUAAAGCUCUUCAGCAAGUGACCAAUCCUAGUGGAACGGUCUCUACUGGUGGUCUCGGUGAACCUAAGUUUAACAUCGAUGGUUCUGCUUUCACUGGUUCAUGGGGAAGGCCACAACGCGAUGGACCGGCUUUACGCGCAACUGCUUUGACCACGUAUGCUGAGUGGCUCAUCAAAACCUCCAACAGCAGCUUUGUGAAGUCAAAAAUAUGGCCAGUUUUGAAGCUCGAUCUUGAUUAUACUGCCACUUUCUGGAAUGCAUCAGCUUUCGAUCUUUGGGAAGAGGUCUCUUCUAGCUCUUACUUCACCUCAGCCGCCCAACAUCGUGCUCUUCGAGAGGGUGCCGAACUUGCAGCAAAAAUUGGCCAAAAGUCUGUUGUUGCUGAAUAUAGGAAACAGGCUGACAAUAUUCUGUGCUUCCUACAAACUUAUUGGAACCCUGUCAGUGGUUAUGUAACUGCAAACACCAGGGGUGGACGAUCCGGCAUUGACGCAAAUACUAUCCUUGCGUCUAUUCACAACUUUGAUCCAGAGGCUGGUUGUGAUGCGAACACACUCCAACCUUGCUCGGACAAAGCUUUGUCGAACCUGAAGGUGUAUGUUGACGCUUUCCGUACAGAAUAUGCGAUCAACAAAGGCAUCCCUGCUACAUCUGCCGUUGCAACAGGUCGUUAUACUGAAGACGUCUACUAUGAUGGCAACCCGUGGUAUUUGACCACCGCUGCCGUCGCCGAGCAACUCUACGACGCUUUAAUUGUGUGGAAGAAACAAAGUUCCUUGACCGUGACUCCGACCUCCCUUGCUUUCUUCCGUCAAUUCUCUCCUUCGGUGAAACAAGGCACUUAUCGAUCAUCUUCAUCUACCUACACCACACUCGUCAAAGCUGUCAAGGACUUUGCUGAUGGUUUUAUUGCUGUCAAUGCUAAGUACACACCUUCGAAUGGCGCGCUCGCCGAGCAGUUUGAUAGAAAUACUGGCGUACCUGCAAGCGCCGCGGACCUGACGUGGAGUUAUGCUGCUACUUUGACUGCCUUUGCUGCUCGCAGAGGGGCCAUUCCCGCCAGCUGGGGUGCUAAGGGCUUGAAGGUCCCUACCGUGUGCAAGCCAAAUCCUGGUCCAACAGUUCAGGUGACUUUCAAUGUGAUAGCCACAACAGUAGAUGGCGAAAACAUCUUCAUCACAGGAUCGAUUGACGCCCUCGAGGGAUGGAGUCCUGAUACUGCUUUGCCUCUUUCUCCUGCCAAUUACCCUACAUGGAGCAUCACACUAACCCUCCCUGCAAACACCAACUUCGAGUACAAGUACAUCCGCAAAAUAAACGGCGCCGUUACGUGGCAAUCUGACCCCAACAACAUACAGAGCACGCCUGCAAAUGGAACCCUUGUUACCCACGAUUCAUGGCGGUAA